AUGAACUUCAAUAAAAAAACUUCUGCAGUACAAGAAACAGUACAAAAUACUGACAUAGAACCAGAAUUUUCUCAAGAACAAACAACUUUCUUGAAAAAAAAAAUGCAAAAAAACAACAUGGUUAUUAAUCAGAAAACUUUUUCCUCAGAAGAAAGAAAUAUAGAUAACUUUACAGAAAAUAUAAUUUCAAAAGAAACAAUUGCAGACCCUUAUA